AGGUCGAUGCCGACGCAGCCGCUCGUCGCCCGGCUCGGAUUGGCCGCCGCGGUUGCCAUGGCGAAGAGCGCACACGACGCCGGGCGGCGCGGGGCAGGGGGGAGCGCAGCUGUAACCUUUUCUGCAGAAGGAUAUUGGAGUGUCCUGUGGUCUCACUCACCUGAUGGCAUUUGCACCUCCCAAAAACAUGGAUGGCCCCAAACUUCAAACCAAGAUGAGCACAUGGACACCCCUGAACCAUCAGCUCAUGAAUGACAAGGUAUUCGAAGAACGAAAAGCGCUGCUUGGAAAAUGGUUUGACAAGUGGACAGACAACCAGCGGCGGAGGAUCCUGGUGGACCUGUUCCAGCGCUGCUCCCUGGCGCAGCAGAAAUUCUGUGUCAAGCAGCUGCAGGAGCGGGUGCCCGUCGAGGCCCUGGACUUCACCACUCAGCUGCCCAGAACACUGUCUUUGUACGUCUUCUCUUUCCUGGACCCCCGGAGCCUCUGCCGAUGUGCACAGGUGAGCUGGCACUGGAAGUACUUGACGGAGCUGGAUCAGCUCUGGAUGCUGAAGUGCCUGCGUUUCGGCUGGUAUAUCAACUUCUCUCCGACCCCGUUUGAGCAGGGAAUCUGGAAGAAACACUACAUCGAGAUGGUGAAGGAGCUUAACAUUACACGGCCCAAGACCCCUCCGAAAAAUGAAUUUGUGGUCAUCGAUGUCCAGCCAAUAGCAAGAGAGGGCCCAGAGGUGAAACUGUCCCUGGCGGCGGUUCUCCAGUCGGCCUCGCUGCUGGGGAAGAGGAUGGACAAGGAUAAGAAAGAGCUGCCCCCAUGGCGCUCAUCUGACAAACACCCAACCGACACCAUCCGAUUCAACUACCUGGACAACUACGACCCGAUCGAGCAGGCAAGACUGGCGAGAAAGAAGGGCGGAGGACUCACCCCAGACCUGAGCCGGCAGGCAAGCGAGAAGAAAAAGAAAGCAUCCUACAAGCUCCGGAAAGCAAAAUCACUGCUGUCACUCUCUGCAGACCUUGGCUCUGGCCCGAAAACACCAGUUCGCCCCAGUUGGGCUACUCACCAGUCACCAGGGUAUCCCGUUACCAAAGCAACAGCUAAGAUGCUGGCUCAGAGCACCCGCUGGAACGCUGGGAUACGACCAGCACCUGUCCGACCUCCAGUACCAAAACUGAGUGAAAAAGGGAAGAAGGCCUUUACAAGGAUGGACAGAAGUUUGCCAGCAUCUCCACUGUUUGAGGCUCAGCCCUGGCAAAUUCCUCCGUCGGACCCGGGGUCGGAUGCAGAGUAAGAUGCUCAGCAAAGAAGGGGCUCCUAUGCCCAGCAUUUGGAAAGUGGCAAUCAUGGCACUGGCCCUGCUCAGUGAAGACUGGAAGCUGCUGACAUUUAUGAAUCGAGCCUGAGGUCUAGUGGAUAUAGCCUGAGUUGUCACUUGUCCCAAUAUGAACCUUUCAUCGCUGACCUCCAUAUACCAGUGGGGAAUGCCCUUUUUGGCAGUUUUGCCACAAGUUAAGCCCUGUGCCCUCCUGAGUGCCACUCUGAUCUCCUUCCCCUGCCUAAACUGCUGCUCUGCUUUCUGCUCCCUGCCUUGCCUACCACUGGGCUGCUUUCCCCCUCCCUGAUCUGCCAUGUACCACACACAGAAGCCGCCCUUGCCACUUGGGGCACGCGUGCUGCAGCCUGGCCACCCUUGACCUAACACAACAGACUCAGAUUGGAGGUGGGGGCACCCUGCUGUUACCCUAAUCCAAAUAAGUGAUUCAAAGCUGAGGUUACACCAAGGGCUGGCCCAGUAUCUUGUUUUCUGUCUCAGCUCUGUUCAGCAUGUUUUCCUGUCUCUACUGCUUUGGAGCUGAUGCCCCCUUCUACUUUGACUCGGGGCCUGUCUUCACUGCAGAAUUGACUCGGGUGAUCUCUGCCCAGGUCAAAGCAUCAGGGGAAGCCUAGCCUGAGUGUGGACACACUGCAAGGUCACAGCUUUGCUGCUGCUGCUCCCCUAUCCCCAGGCGUGUGGUUGGGAUGCCUGUGGGCACAUCCCACGAAUCUUUGUGUUCAUCUGCUCGGGUGAAUUAUGGGAGAGCCUGUCUGGUCUUCCAAGGAGCCAUGGAAAAGCACUGGAGGACCACUGCCCUUGGGUGACUCGGUCUCUUUGCUCACUACAAAAUGGGUGGUGACAGCUGAAGUUGCGUGUCCGGCCGUUUCUUACAUCCACCUGUAGAGCACAGGGACUGAGACAGUGCAUACGCUGGACAGGUCGCUGCUCCCACAGGGUGCCACGGAUGCCUCCAGCUCCAGAUUACGGGGUGAGUAGCUCAGUGCAUCCCAGUUUCCCAUGCUUCUCCUACACCAAGGUCCCCACCCAUUUCCUACACCAGCCACCUGUGUGGGCCGGGAGCGGUCUGAGGCCCUUUUUCCGCGCGGUGGGCUGUGGCCAGCAGCCCGGACACACCGGGUCGGGGAAGGCAGGCGGCACGCUAGAAUUAGGCACGGACGCUUAGUGGUUGAUUUAAGAUUAUUUUACUUACACCGAAGAUGGUCGCAGUGCAGGCAGGAAAACUUGCUUGAGUUGCGGUUACAAAACAAAACAAAAAACUCGAACCUGCAGAACGUAAGGGUACGUCGCAAUGGGGUUUCGGCGACGGGAAGGAAAAAACUGCAGGACUCGAACCCCGGGUAGAGCUCUGGAUUCACUCACACGAAGUUUGCUAGGCUCCGUGGAACUUGCGUACAGGGAAGGGUACGUCGAGGGAUCGGGCGGCGACGGGGAGAGGCGAGAGGCUGAUCAGACCCCUGUAGCCUUCUUAAAAUACACGCUGAGUCCAAUAGGCUCCGCAGCGCUUAGAGAUCUUCACGAGACAUGAAGUCUCCUCCUCCUGAUAGUCGUGGAGCCCUCCAACUUGGGCGGAAACCACUCAAGCCUCUUAUACAGCUAGCAAGCCAAUCGCUAGCCGCCACGCAGGACUAAUUUAGAACUGGCCAAUAGUGGGGCACAAAUUUGAAUACAAAUGGUGGGAACUCCUUUGCACCGUGCAUCUCCUCUCUGCAACCAAGAAAUGCACCCUGCAAAGAAAGCUACAAGUGGGAAAUGAUUUAGCAGUGCCGAAGCACACGCAAACAAAAAUUACACCCUUGGGUUGUGACAUCACCCAUUUCCUUCUCCCUCAGACAGCUCCUUACAAGCCUCUUCCCAAGAAAGCUUUCCUGCAUGGAUUGCCUUAUUAUUAAUGUUCCUAUGAGCCCUCUCAGGCCCAAACUACUGCCUCAUGUUUGCUCCAGGGGAUGAGCUCGAUGACCUCCGAGGCCCCUUUCAAUUCUAGAGUUCUAUGAUUUUGACUAUUUUGACUAAUGGGGUCCAACCCAUCUGGCCAGAUGAGUGGUACAGGGCCAGUCCAUGGGCCAGAUCUGCAGUACGGAGCUGUCCCAUCUGGGCUGGGCUAGAAUUUGGCAGUGGUGACAUCAAUUGCUGCAGUUCCCAGAUCCACGGCAGCAGCUGCUCUUCCUAUUGCCAAAUAUCCAGUCCUGCAAGCAGCCCCAUGAGGAAGAUGAUACAGCUCUGUGCUCUGGAUCUGGCCUGCGGGGCUCUCCAUGGGUCCAGAAAUUUGGUGGCAGGGUGAGUGAUGACUGUUAAUUGCUGUGACUCUGGGAGCGGUGUCAGUUAAAGCUGCCUCUAUGCACCAUAGUGUCAAAUUUCCAGACCUGUGCAGAGCCCUGUCGGCAGGCUGGAUCCAGCCCAUGGGCUGUAACUUGGUCAUCCCUGAAUUAGGCUGCAACUCAUCUCUCUGUAGCAGGAUCUCCAGCAAUUGAUCCAUGUCUAGAUCUGGUAGUGGCUGAGUACAUGACACACGGUAACACUGGGGCGUGAGGGACCAUGCGAAUGUGUUGCCAAAGCCACUGAGCAUGUUCAGUAUAAAUGCAAUGUUCCCAGGUGCCUGAAUAUGCUCAAACGGAGUUGCUGUGGGUUUAGGCAGUUAGUUUAAAUGCCUCUGCUAAUGAAAGCCCUGAAUCCCGAGCGCUCACUGACUUGGAGGGAACAUGUCUAAUCCUGUGGUUUAUAAAAAGCUCGUCUUUAUGGUGUUGUAAAAGUAAUUUAGAGAAGAUCUUAGGGAACCAGAGUGGUCUACGCUCAAAAUAGCAGUGCAGCUGCACGUUCGUCUUAAUUGUAACUGCUGCCAAUUAUGUUACUGGAAUAAAACAGAGGAGCUAAAUAUUUGCUGCCACUAAGUAUGCUUAAACGGUUUUGUGGAAGCGUUCUGCAUGGAAAUCUGGGAUGAAGGAGAAACAAUGCGGGAAGAAGUGGUGUCACAGAUCAUGCCGCUUACAAGGCAACACAGUGAUGUGGACUGAAUGGGAUGCCACAAGGAAAGGACUUGAGCCAGGACAGUCGUACAUGAGCUUCUGAGCACACACCUGAGCAGGUGCCCCACUUAGCUCCUCUCCCGACCGCUGCACGAGCAGGGAGAGGGCUUUCACUUGUCUGCCUCCCCCAUGGCAGGGGCACAUGCUUAGAGCAAGGGGCUUUAAGGUGGACCUGGGGCCAUCCCAGUCUUCAGCGGAGCUCUCUUCUGCUCAAUGCCCAUCCUGACCUUGCCUAGCACCAGCCUGAGCAAGCAGGGAAAGAGCAACAGCAUACCCAAUACCCAACAGUGGCGAUGAUAACCAGGGAUCCUGGUUUUCUCUGUUUAAAAGUUGCAAAUUCUCUGAUAAAAAUCACAAAUUCUCUGAUUAAAACCCCCCAAAAUCCAUGAUUAAAAUGAAACACCACUCUGUAUAUAGGUCUCAACUGAACACAAUGUUUUAGUGAUAUAUAUAUAUAGUUUUAAAGCAAUUUGGAAACCUACCAGUGCCUCAGUCACUAUAAUAAAAUAUAUUCUAAGUACCUAUA